AUGUCUGAUAGUGACCACGCCGACUACGGGAAUCCAAAGGAGUCUUUAAGUGGCUCUGCUGAUCUGAGGCGCAACGCCUACAGCAUUCACAAAGGAAAUCAAGAAAAGAUGGGCCCUACAGAUGUUUACCAGUAUUCACAGGUUUUACAACUGGAACACGCAGUCACCAAUUUCCUCAACUACUUUAACAAAAUAAUUCAGCUCUCUCCGAACUACAAGGUAUAUCUGGAAAAUGUUGACGCAUUACAAAAUACGAGAGUCGAGAUUCUGCCAGCAAUGCUCAGACAUAAGCUCAAGUGCGCUGCAGAACUGGCAUCUUUGAAUGAACUCGGAAAAUUGCCGUUACUUAACGAACUUAACACUUACGAGGAGAAGUUUUCUAGCACAGACAGAAAACCGGUUUUGCAAGAGCUGGAGGAAAAUGACAUCGAGAAACUAUCUGCUUCGGUCAAUAAUGAGAUGGUCAAACACUGGAGCGAAGUUUCUCAGAAAGCACAGGAGGAUGAUGAAGACGAAGAGGAUGAUGGCUACGAGCCUGACGAGACCAAAAAAAAGUGGCCCCCAAAAUUGCCAGAAAUAAAAAACUCAGCUAUAAAGGCCCGUGUCUUCAUUCACAAAUCUAUCAUCAACGACAAGCUAUAUCUAUCUGAGCAUGACAUGAUUAAGGCCCACAAUGAACGUUUAGAAUUUCUAGGUGAUUCCAUUUUGAACACCACCAUCACAAUGAUCCUUUACAAUAAAUUUCCCCACCUCAGUGAAGGUCAACUUUCCAAACUCAGAAUGAAGCUUAUCAGUAACGAACGCUUGAAAAAGUGGUCGUUCCUUUACAAGUUCAACGAGAAAUUGAGGACAAACAUAGACAAAACUUGUGAAACCAGUGAAUUUAAGCAGGGCAAACAAAAGCUUUAUGCUGACGUAUUCGAAGCUUAUAUUGGUGGCUUACUGGAAGACGACCCGAAGCACAAUUUGCCCAGGGUGCGGAAGUGGUUGAGUAAGCUUGCCUUACCAGUAAUCGAAGAGGAGAUCAAGAAAGACGACGAUCUCGAUCUAACGGAGGUUGACGUAAACGCCAAGAAGACAUUGUACUCUUUGAUAGGCUAUGCCGCCCUGAACUUACACUACAAACCUAUUCAAAAGCCAUCUUUCGAGAACCCAAUCGCUUUGGUGGAAUGCCGCAUCAAAGAUGGAACGAUUUUAGGAGUGGGGAAGGGAAGAAAUAUCAAGAUAGCAGGUAUGAGGGCAGCUCAACAAGUCUUACGCAACAAACCGCUAAUAGAGAAAUACGCAGCUUUUCGGGCUGCUGUGCCAAGAUCAGACUCAGUCGUAAAAACAUUGGCAGGCAGUAAGAGAUCCACGCCUGGCGAAGAAGGACCAGAGGAAGAAUACGGGGACGCCUACCCAGCCAAGAAAACGGAUCUUCGUACUCAAAAUCAGUCACUAGACGCAUCGACCAGUCGAAUUAUUCCCAACGAGGACGGCUCCCUGAGCCUUAUAUAG